CUUCCGCAAAUAUAUGGUCCAUACGAAUCGGUUUUGGUGAUUGGUGGUGUGAGGUGUCGCAUUUGUGAAACCAAUUUUUAGAAACAAGUGAAUAUGAGUCGGGGACAGCUGCCGGACUCAUCAUCCUCACCUCCUAUAAAGUUACGUUGCAGCUUGCAAUUUGGUUAUAAUACGGGUGACUUGUCCGAAGACGAAGUCCAAGAUUUACCAAGCUGCGCAUUCGCGUCUAGAUCUUCAAAUGCUAACCUUCAGCAUCACUAUCUGACGACGAUACACCACAAUGCAGACAGCGUUCAAUGUGGCGGAGGUAACAGCACUUUGGGCAACUCGGAGUAUUACGGCUCGUCACCGUAUCGCGUCCAGAGACACGCCGCGAAUAUUCGAGAAAGGAAACGGAUGCUGAGGUCUGCUAUUGGACCCACCGGCAGUAUAAACUCCGCGUUCGACGAGCUGAGGAUGCACGUGCCGACGUUCCCCUACGAGAAACGUCUUAGCAAAAUCGAUACCCUACGAUUGGCGAUAGCUUACAUCGCUCUCCUGCGCGAAGUACUGACAGCGGACUGUGAUCCCCUGACUUACGUAGAGAAAUGUUUAAGGGGCGAAAUCAAGGCCGAUAGGGCUAAUUGGAACACGAGCGAUCUAACAGCCAGACUGUCUUGGAUCAACUGGGAAAACCUAGGUGUGACGCCCGGUAGACGUAGUGCUUUAACAUCGUUAGCUCUAACGUCAGAUGGUGUAAGUUCCUAAAGUGCAAAAUGCUAAAUGACUUCCGUUGUGCAAUAUAAUGAAAAUUUGUAUUUAUUUAUAUAUGUCUAUGUAAGGGUCAAAUAUAUUAUUAAC